GUCUACCUUGUCUAAGCGAGCAGUGAAGGAGGCGUGAUAAAGAACAACGGGAUUAUUCUGCACUGGAAAAGGGCAUAUACUGUAGCACUGAGCCUGCCUACCAUUCACAGAUCCUAAUUUUUUAUUCAUUUUAUUUAUUUUAAAACAGAGCAUGAGCUGUUUCUUUUUACUUGGUGCUCCAGAUUUUUUUUCUGUGUUUUCCCAUCAUUCACACUGUAAGGUUUCUAACCAUGUCUCCCACUUCAUCCUCCUAGUCCUUUUAUAUUGAUUUUUCUUUUGAUAUAUUUCCUUGUCCAGAAAUACAAGGCAGUGCUGUUCAUCCUUAGAUCAUCCUUUUUUUUUAUUUUGCUUUACCUUGUCGCCUACAGUAUACCUUUUGCCAUCUCAUGAAACGUAUGUGAUUGCAAGAGACUGGAGAAAGAGAAUCAAACAGAAACCAUGGAAGAAGAGCUGAAGUGCCCAGUGUGUGGCUCCUUUUUCAGGGAACCCUUGAUUUUGCCCUGUUCACACAAUGUCUGUCUGCCUUGUGCUCGAACCAUUGUAGUGCAGACCCCAGAAAGCGAGCAUCUACCUCAUGCCGCCCGCCCCAUGCUUGUAAUGGGGGCAGAUUAUGACUAUCCAGACCACCUUGAUAAAAUGAGCCUACACAGUGAGACAGACAGUGGAUAUGGCUCUUAUACCCCCAGCCUCAAAUCUCCCAAUGGUGUAAGGGUAUUACCCCCUGCUCCAGCCCCUUCUUUGGGGGGUUCUUCUGCGGCAUCUUCCCGAGGAAUACAUGGCAGUCUGUGCAGCUCCUCAUCCAUCACAUGCCCUCAGUGUCACCGUAGUGCGUCUCUUGAUGAAAGAGGGUUGCGUGGUUUCCAGCGAAACCGACUCCUGGAGACCAUAGUUCAGAGGUACCAACAGGAGCGCAACCCCGUGCUUGGCGCAGAAGGGAGCAGUACUUCAGAAGCAGCUAAAGGUAAUGUUGGCACCAAUGCUAGGUGUCAGUUGUGUGAUACCAACCCAGCAGAGGCUGCAGUUAUGUGUGAACAAUGUGAUGUUCUAUACUGUUCCACAUGCCAGAAGAAAUGCCAUCCUACCAGGGGACCAUUUGCAAAACACAGGCUGGUGCCACCUUCUCAGCUAGCUUCUUCCAGCCUUAGUACCAACAAGCCGGCCUGCACAGCAAUGGUGCCACCUAACACAGCACGCAGGUUUCCCACCUGUGCAGAUCAUGAGCUGGAGAAUUACAGCAUGUACUGUCUGAACUGUAGGACCCCUGUGUGCUACCAGUGUUUACAGGAAGGAAAACAUGCCAAGCAUGAGAUGAAAGCAUUGGGUAUCAUGUGGAAGCAACACAAGGCACAGUUAUCCCAGGCCUUAAGUGGAGUCUCUGAUAAAGCAAAGGAAGCCAAGGAGUUUUUGGCUCAAUUAAAGAAUAUUUUGCAACAAAUUCAGGAGAAUGGGCUUGAGUAUGAAGCGUGCUUGGUUGCUCAGUGUGAUGCAUUGGUUGAUGCAUUAAAUCGUCAGAAAGCAAAACUGCUUACCAAAGUCACUAAAGAACGAGAGCAUAAAUUCAAGGUUGUCUGGGACCAGAUAAAUCACUGUACACUGAAACUGCGCCAGUCCACUGGGCUUAUGGAGUACUGUCUUGAAGUAAUUAAGGAGAAUGAUCCAUCUGGCUUCUUACAGAUUUCGGAUGCGCUGAUCAAGCGCGUACAAGGAUCCCAAGAGCAAUGGGUGAAAGGAGCCCUGGAACCAAAAGUGUCUUCAGAGUUUGACCUCACUUUGGACAGUGAUCCUUUGCUACAGGCCAUUCACCAUCUGGAUUUCAUUCAGAUGAAAUUUUCCGUUACAGUGCCCCCAGUGCCCCUGCUACAGCUGGAAAAAUGUUGCACCAGAAACAACAGUGUGACGCUAGCCUGGCGGAUGCCGCCUUUUGCCCAUAAUCCUGUUGAAGGCUACAUCCUUGAACUUGACGAUGGAGAUGGUGGGCCUUUUCGGGAAGUCUACGUUGGAAAAGAAACACUGUGCACCAUUGAUGGGCUUCAUUUUAACAGCACUUACAAUGCAAGAGUAAAGGCAUUUAAUUCUACAGGACUUGGACCAUAUAGUAAAACCGUCAUUCUACAGACAUCUGAUGUGGCAUUUUUUACCUUUGACUCCAACUCUGCACAUCGAGACAUUGUAUUGUCAAAUGACAACAUGACUGCCACUUGUAGUAGCUAUGAUGACCGGGUGGUCCUGGGAACUGCCGCUUUCUCUAAAGGAGUUCAUUAUUGGGAAAUACAGGUUGACCGUUAUGAUAACCACCCUGAUCCAGCAUUUGGUGUUGCAAGGAUAAAUGUGGUGAAAGACAUGAUGCUGGGUAAGGAUGACAAGGCCUGGGCAAUGUAUGUCGACAAUAAUCGAAGCUGGUUUAUGCACUGCAAUUCUCAUACCAACAGAACGGAAGGUGGUGUGUCCAAAGGGACCACAGUUGGCAUCCUCUUGGAUCUCUGUAAACGUACACUGACUUUUCAUAUUAAUGGGAAGCAGCAGGGCCCUAUAGCCUUUGAGAACAUUGAAGGGGUCUUCAUGCCAGCGAUAAGUCUCAAUAGAAAUGUACAGGUUACCCUCCACACAGGACUGGAGGUUCCAAUGCUCUUAAGACAGAUGAAACCAUCUAACUGAGCGAAAAACAUGGAGACUGCUUUUUUUUUUUUUACAUAAUGCCUUCAUUAUCUAUGGACAUGGGAAAAACUUUAACAUAUCCCUAAUAUGUUCGUAAAUACUGUCCCCAUGCCCUAUGAGGAUGUGCUUUUCCUUAUUACAUUCAUGCAAUGUUUCAUUUCUCACCAAUUUCCCAGAAAUUGCAGAAAAACAUAUGAGAGGCACUUGGCAAAAGACAUGUACUAGAAAUCUGGUCAUUGAUAUUAAAAAUAUACCUUGUUUCUCAAUUAAAAUAACAAAAUAGGAUAGCCCUGAGGUGACGUUAUUUUACAAAAAUGUAAUAUAUUCUGGAAAAUCAUAUACCUUUGUAAAUUCUCUAUGUAAAGGUUAAGAAAGAGUAGCAAAGUUUAAUGGGGUUUCAAACAGAAAGCAUCUUAGACAUACGCGUAGUUACUUAAGUCCAUUUUUGUGUAGUUUGUGAUACAGAUGAUGUCUUUAGAAGUAGUGGAUUUAAAACACAGCCUUUGGUGCUAAGCUGUCAAAAA